AUGUCAAUAGAUACUUCUUCCUCGACACCAAAUGCACAAACAAGAUGUUUAUUAAAAGAUUUAGAUUCUUAUUAUAAAAAUCCAUUAUCUUUCAUACAAAAUCUUCAAUAUUCAGUUGAUAAAGACGGUUUUAAUCAGUUACAUGGAAUACUAAUUGGUCCAGAUCAUAGUUCAUAUGAAAAUGGUCAAUUUGCAUUUCGAAUCAAAUUUCCAUUAGAAUAUCCAUUUAAACCAUUUGCAUUCUUUUUUCUGACACGUAUUUGUCAUCCAAAUGUAGACACUGAAACAGGACAUGCUUGUCACGAUGAACUUAUUUCAUCAUGGAAACCACAAAUAUCAAUUUCUACAAUACUUUCUAAAAUCUAUUCAUUAUUACAACAACCGGAUUAUAAUAAAUAUUACGGGGAACAAAUAGUACCGGAUAAAGAUCCUGAAACAGCUCGACAAUGGACAGAAAAAUAUGCUAAACCAGUAUAG